AUGUCCUUUAACGAUUUAGAGCAGGCGCGCGGUGUCGCGGAUUCUCCUACCGUGCGCGAAGGGGGAAGUCGAAUGUUUGCUAGUCAAGCAGAAACUCCAGAAUUCAUGCAACUUACUGAUCGUGUCGGCCUUCAUAUUUUCAGAAUCAAUGCUAAUGUUUCGACACUGCAAAAGUUGGAUAGGCGGCUGCAAGAUGCUCAUGAGCUUGGUCAAAGUAAAACCGAUGAACUGAUGAAGCAGUUUGCGGACUUGUGUGAGCAAACUCGAGGAAUUGUGAAAGACUCCACGGAAGACAUCAAAACACUGAACGCCUACUCUUUCCACAGCUAUGGUGGCGUGAAGCGAUCGUCGCCAUCGCGUUUGCUCCAGUCUAAGCUUCAGAAGGACUUUCAAGAUGCAAUUAAAUCAUUCCAAAUGAUCCAAAAGUCUGGAAUUCGCAAAGAGAAAGUAGCGCUGGCCUAUGCUAAACAACAAGGAAACGAAGCGAAUGGGAUGGAGUUCCAAAUGCAAGACCAGUCUGACUCCUCAAUGCAGCCUAUGCAAAUUCAAGUUCAGUCGCAAAAGAUUUCUCAAGAAGAGCUUGACUUUCAAGAGUCUCUAAUAGCCGAACGCGAAGCUGAAAUUCGCGAAAUCGAACAGGGUGUCCAAGAACUGAACGAAAUUUUUCGUGAUCUGAGCCAUAUGGUCCAAGAACAGGGCGGUAUGAUCGAUAAUAUCGAAUACAAUAUCGGAAAUUUGGCUACGAAUGUGCAUGGUGCUGAUCGCGAACUCCUACAGGCACACGACUAUCAACGAAGAAGGUGCAGGGCAAUCCCACUCGUCAUGGCUUUGUGGAGGCAAUAUUUCGUCGCUUCCACCAUGUCGAACCCACCCGGGAAGCGGCAGGCAACUGGCUCUAGUUUCUCAAACGUCAACUCGUCGGCCAAUUCUUUCGGACCUAACAUCCCAACAUCUGUGUAUCCGAAAGAUACAAUAAAAGAUGUGGCUGAAUCGCUCGGAAUCAUGAACUUGCGGGAUAACAUUGCCAUGGCUCUUGCUACAGAUGUUGAGUAUCGUAUCCGUGAUAUUGUUCAGAGUGCUAGCGGCAAGAAACAGGGUGCUUGGUUUCGAAGUGUACCUACGCCGUCAAGUUCUCAACUCUUUGUUAUGGAAGAUGAAGAAAUCGAUUUUGACAAGAUUUUAGAGCAUGGCCCCACUGUUGGUGUCGGUCGAGGUGUUGGUUGGCAUGCCCAUUGGCUUGCUAUCGAGGGUAUCCAGCCUCCUGUGCCCGAGAACCCCGUUUUCUUAGCACGGAAGUCAGCAAGUGUCGAAGAAGGCACCUUUGCUGAUACCGAUGAUGCUGCAGCAAAUCUGUCUGGUACAGAUGUUAAGCCAUUAGUCAAGCAUGUGCUUUCUCGGGAGCUUCAGCUAUAUUACGAGCGUCUCACUUCCUCGAUUCUUAGUCCCCCAUCAGAAGCCAAGGCCGAAGAAAACAUUUCUCUCCCAAGUGAUGAUGCUCCAUUGGAUGACUAUGCCCAGAUUUCCAGUGGUAACCUUGUUCGUGACGCUGCCUUGGCUAGUCUCCGUGGUGAUGCAGGGAUUCAUCAACUCGUGCCCUAUCUUAUUCAGUGGCUCCAUCAACUCAUGCCCUCUGUGCUUUCCAUUCUCCUUGCUUCGUACUUUGGCUCUCCUAGUGAAGAGCAGGUCAAUAAUGAGGCUCUCAGCCUGCGCAUCUACGCCUCUGCGUUGCUCGUGUUUGUGAUUGACCACUUUGCAAAGUCGUAUCCCACUCUCAAGUCCCGAGUGGUGGCAACACUUCUCCAGGCCCUUCUUGCAGAUGUUGAUGAUGGUACUGCUAAAGAUGCAAUAGAAGCCUCGGGUUCUCUGGAUGCUAAACUGGGUGCUCUUAUUGGUUUGAGAAAAUUGGGACCCUCGAGCUUCCGCUCGCUUCUCAGCCCCAUCGGUGUAUUGUCUGGCUCCACCUCUGAUGAAAAGGCCAGGACGGUGCCUCUCAAAGUGAUAGGUGUCUGGUUGGAGAAAGUGUCACAAGACGAAAACGUGUCAAAAAUUAACUACGAGAAGCUAUUGCAAGAAAUUAAGGCCGGUUUGGUUAGUAUUGGAGAGGGUUCUGUGCAAAGCAGUGCUAGUGACAAGGAGGCAUUGACAGAACGGUUUGGAUCGUUCUGGGUGGAACUUUUGAAAGAAAACGACACAGCUUUGUUGGGACUUUCCUAUGAACUCAAUAUAGAAGAAUAA